UCAGCAUUUAAUUGAGUCCUUUUCCUUCCAUUUUCUUCUUUUUGUGUGUUAUACUAUAUUUAACGGAUAUUACAUUCCCAUUCGGUUUUGUUACUUAUAAGCUACAUCUGAUGAUUUAACAGAACUUUCAAAAAAGUUUUAUUCUGAUAUGAAAAAUAAAAGAACAGAACCCUGAUGAUUUGUUUAUCCCUAUGAAACAUUGUAUUGAUACUUGUGUACAGAGCAUUCUCAUUGAGCAUUCAGGUUUGGAGUAUCCAUUUGCGGUUUUAAGCAGGAAUCCUGAAGCAGCUCUUUAAGUGGUUUCACCUAAUUCUUUUAUGGCUGCGGCUCUUUCUUUAUUUCAUUGGUGGUCUUAUUUCGUUUUUGGAAUUUCUUUUGCUAUUUGCCUAUUGGACCAUAAGUUUUGAUUUUUGUUCGACUCAGGGUAAUUUGAGUACAAAACAGCUAAUUGAAGAUGGAAAGAAAGAAAGGAUUUUUUUUUUAAAAAAAAAAAAAUCUUCACUAGCUAGGGUCUGAGUUCAUCUGAAAUCUCAUGUACAAUGCUGUAGACGAGCCUUCUUAAUGUUGCACUCUAUAAAUCCUCCCACAGCAGAUUUUAAUAUAACUCUCUUGUGGCUUUGAGAAUGCGAUUCUUUGAGUUCGUAUAAUUUACAGUUCCAUAACAAAAUCUUUUACCCUUACUAGUAUUUUGAUGUUACAGAAGCCUACUCAAACAUAUUGGGAUUCUUUGUUGUUAAUAUGUUAGUGGCUUACUGAAAACUCCAGUUUCUUUAACUUCAUUACUUCAUCCUCCUACUCCUCUGCCUCCGCUGGAGCCACUUUUUUUGAAUAAUGACAAAAAUGAUAGUGAAAGAGAUCAUUUGCUGAAAUGAUAAUUCUCCACUCUUACUAUCACUCACUUUAGAAACAAAAUAACCCCCAUCAUUAUCUGAAAACUGUCCACAGUCCAUCAAGGAGAUAAUCAGAGUGAGAAGAGUAACAUUUUCCAUACUUUGUGCAAUAAUUUCGGGGAUUCAGUGAGUUUAUUGUUAGGCUAACCUGAAUAGCUCUACUCAAUGAUUUCUGUAAUUACAUCUGAAUGUUUGUUGAACUUCUGCUGUAGGGAUAAGUUCCAGAAGCGUUCCAAAUGUGAUUAUGCAGGGGUCUCCUGAGCCAGCAGUCGUAACUGAAGGUUUAGUCUCAGUUCAAUUGUACAAAAGCAGCCUUCCCAAUUCUACUUAUCAAGGUGUUGUUGAAGACUAGGUUUCUUUGUUCAGGCACCGGUGAAGAGAUUACGUUUUGCUGCUAUGAAAACUCUACAUAUUUGUUUUCUCCCCCAUUCUUUACUUAUGUCGCAGCAGUGCGUGGCUAUCUUUUUCUUUUGUAUUUAUGUACGGGCCUAUAACUGCAAGAGAUUUUGAGAAAGUUUUCUUGUACAGCGAGUUAAUUUGUUCGGUUAAUGAAUGAUUUUACUAAUGAGAAAUGAAUUGUUUGUGCUCAAUUAGUAGAAGUCACAACUCCAAGUCAUGAAUGAAAAGAAGUCUCGAUGAUACUUUGUUGCAGAAGUUACGAAGUAAGGAUUUGAGUGUCCAAAUCCGGGCUGUUAGUAAGUCACUCGGAUUAUUUCAUUUUUCUAUCUCUAAAUACAUCUGCAACUUUCCACGAUUCUUUAAUUUCAGACUCCAAGCUGAAUCCAAGACUCAAAAGAUGAACUAUACCUUAUGUGACAAAAAUGAAUGGAGAAAUGGCUAUGUUUUUCUACUUAUGCCAUUGAUUUUUCUUUUCCUUCUUGUUUUUGGAGGAUUUGUAUGAGAACGGUGAUGUAGGGGAAGCCUUAUCGUUGGGCGGCUAUGUACUAGUUUUGGGUCUGUGAAUAUGAGUGGGUGAGGUGAGAGGUUUUGGGUCUGUUUUGGUUUGAGAAAUGAGGGUGAGAGGUUGCUCUGCUUGGAUUUUAGAACUGUGGGUGAGAUUAUUAUGAAAUAGAUCUAUCUAUAAUCUGGCUUUGUAGUGUAAGGCUGCACUUCUUGUAGGCUUAAAAGUACCUGAGAAAUUAAUUGCUCAACAACCCCAGUGUUCCUCAUAUGGCUCCCAGAGAAAAAGGAUUUGAAUUAGACCUUGAAAGUGGGGGGAGUACUAGGAAAGAAGAUGCAAGCUUAGAGCUUGCUUCAAGCAAAGGACCAAAAAAGAAAUUCUUGAGUAAUGAUUUGGGUGGGUUACUGAGUUCCAAUGAAUCAGUUGUGUGUACAUGUGGCAUUGAAUCAUCUAGCAGUUCAGAGAAAUCUGGUGAGGUUACAAAUGACAGUGUGGAGUUACUAAUAAAAAGGAAUUCAGAAGUGGAAGAGAGUCAAGGACAUAUGACCCUUGCUGAAAAGACGAGUGAGAAUGAGUGGCGUAGGAAGACCAACUCUAGGAAUGCUCCUAAGCCACCACGACCUCCUAGAGGUCCAUCACUGGAUGCCGCUGACCAGAAGUUGGUUAGGGAGAUCACUGAGCUGGCCAAGAGAAAGUGUGCACGAAUUGAGCAAAGGAAAGCAGCAAAGAAGAUGAAAGCAUCAAAGUCAUCAUCUUUACAAAGUGGCAUAUCUGCUAUGAUCAUCACAUUACUGUUCUUCUUUGUCAUAAUCUUUCGAGGGAUAAGUUCCAGAAGCGUUCCAAAUGCGAUUAUGCAGGGGUCUCCUGAGCCAGCAGUCGCAACUGAAGUGUUGCUGUAGACUAGGUUUCUGGUUCAGGCACCGGUGAAGAGAUUAUGUUUUGCUGCUAUGAAAACUCAAUACAUAUUUGUUUUCUUCCCCCAUUCUUUACUAAUGUCGCAGCAGUGCGUUGCUAUCGUUUUCUUUUGUAAAUAUGUACAGGCCUAUAACUGCAAGUGAUUUUGGGAAACUUUUCUGGUACAGCGAGUUAAUUUGUUCAGUUAAUGAAUGAUUUUACUUGUGAGAAAUGAAUUGCUCAUUUGUUGCUCAAUAGUAGAAGUCACAACUGCAACUCAUGGAUGAAAGUAAAGUUUGCAGAAGUUAGGAAGUGGGGAUUUGAGUGGCCAAUUCCAGGCUGUUAGCAAGUCCCUCGAACUAUUUCAAUUCUCUCUAAAUACAUCUGCAACUUUCCAUGAUUCUCUAAUUUCAGACUCCAAGCAGAAUCCAAGACUCAGAAGAUGAACUACGGGUUUAUAUGACAAAACAAACAGAGAAAUGGCUAUGUUUUCUAUUUAUGCCAUGGACUUUUUUUUGUGUGUGGAUGAUUUGUAUGAGAACGGUGAUGUAAAGGAAGCCUCUUCGUUUGGGCAUUAUGCACUAGUUUUGGGUCUGUGAAUUUGAGUGGGGGAGGUGAGAGGUUUUGGUUUGGGAAAUGAGGGUGAGAGGUUGCUCUGCUUGGAUUUUAGAACAGUGGGUGAGAUUAUUGUGAAAUAGAUCUAUCUAUACUCUGGCUUUGUAGUGUAAAGGCUGCACUUCUUGUAGGG